AUGUUCGCCCUGUCCUCUUUGACAUGGCGCUUCUUUCGGCCUUUCACAUGCACAGGCACAGCACACUCUCUCUGGUCAUUGCGCCGUCUAGCUUACUCGACUAGUCAAGACAACGAGGUCGAUCCAGGAUAUUUGUUUGCUCUUAGGAAACAGGAUCCCUCGGCUUAUGCCAAAUGGCGCUAUCACAACGACCCUGAAUUCCGCGAAAGAAUGAAGCUGGCGCGACGUAAAUACCUAAGAAGACCUGAGAUCAGGAAGAGGAAGCUUCAUAUCAGUCGCACCCCCGAAAGCGUACAAUACAUGCGCGAAUAUGAUCGUUCGCUUGACGAGCGCAAGCUUCACAUGCGACGACGCUCUCAACGCCUGUUUCGUAUAUUGAGUGAAAACAGAUGGAUCAGAGAAGGUUGGACCUGGAAGCUGCACACACCCGUCAUUACUCCUGACCGCGUCGACCACCAUUGCACCGCUUGCCAGAAAGAUUGCUUUCUUAGGGUCUGGUGGGCCACCAAGGCUGAGCCCACCACUUAUAUCUGCAAUUCCUGCUUUGCCAGCCACUUUGAUCUCAUGGUUCCUGAGGGCCAACACAAAAGGCUACCUCAGAUCUUCACCUCUCCUGAUUACCCAUCACCUUCAUCUGCAAAGCCAUGA